CGAUACCCGCGUGCUAAUGUUUACUGUUUACGAACCUAUUUAUUGAUUAAGUGUGACUAAGUGCAAGAAAAAUGGUGAUCGCAAUUGGAUUUGAAGGCAGCGCGAAUAAACUAGGCAUUGGCAUUAUUCAGGAUGAGAAAGUAUUGUCGAACGUACGGCAUACUUAUAUCACGCCACCGGGUGAAGGAUUUCUACCUCGUGAAACGGCUCAACAUCACAGACAACAUAUUCUUAACGUACUGCAAAGAGCAUUGGAUGAUGCCAGGAUAACAUUAAAAGAUGUGGAUGUGGUAUGUUACACAAAGGGACCUGGAAUGGGAGCACCAUUAACAGUUGCAGCACUGGUAGCUAGAACUGUUGCUCAACUGUACAAUAAACCAAUAGUGGCAGUGAAUCAUUGUAUUGGUCAUAUUGAAAUGGGACGUUUAAUCACAGGUAGUAUGAAUCCAACUGUCCUAUAUGUUUCUGGAGGAAACACACAGAUUAUUGCCUACUCUCGGCAAAGAUAUCGUAUUUUUGGUGAGACAAUAGAUAUUGCUGUUGGAAAUUGUUUGGACCGUUUUGCAAGACUGUUGAAGCUUUCGAAUGAUCCUAGUCCUGGCUAUAAUAUAGAACAAUUGGCAAAGAAAGGAAAGAAAUUAGCUCCAUUGCCAUAUGUGGUAAAAGGAAUGGAUGUAUCUUUUUCUGGUAUCUUAAGUCAUAUAGAGGAACAUCUUUCUUCUUGGCUGGAUUCAAAAGAAUUUACUCCAGAGGAUUUGUGUUUUUCUCUACAAGAAACAGUGUUUGCUAUGCUGAUUGAAAUUACAGAACGAGCAAUGGCCCAUGUAAAAUCAUCAGAAGUCUUAAUUGUUGGUGGUGUUGGAUGCAACGAAAGGUUACAAGAUAUGAUGGAAAUUAUGUGUAAAGAAAGAAACGCAAAACUCUAUGCUACAGACGAACGAUUCUGUAUAGACAAUGGUGUAAUGAUUGCUGUGGCAGGCUUAUAUCAGUAUAAAAGUGGUGGACAUACUCCCUGGAUACAAACAACUUGUGUACAGAGGUAUCGUACAGAUGAUGUACACGUUACAUGGAGGGAAUGACUUCAUUUUUCAGUAUAAUUUGCUAUGGAUCACUCUGAAUCUUUAAUAAAAAGAAAUAUAAUAAAAUGUUG